UCAACCAUGAAGUUUCUUAGCUACCUCCUGGUGUACCGAAGGUUCCUGCUCAUUGUCCUCACCCCACUGCUUUUACUUCCACUCCCACUUAUCAUCAAAACCAAAGAAGCAGAAUGUGCAUACACUUUGUUUGUAGUUGCCAUCUUUUGGCUCACAGAAGCUUUGCCGCUGGCUGUUUCAGCUUUGCUCCCCGCCUUCAUGUUCCCAUUGUUUGGUAUAAUGGCAUCCAAGGAGGUGGCAUCUGCUUAUUUUAAAGACUUUCAUCUGUUACUGAUUGGAGUAAUUUGUUUGGCAACGUCAAUAGAAAAAUGGAAUUUCCACAAAAGAGUGGCUUUAAGAAUGGUGAUGCUGGUGGGUGUCAACCCUGCAUGGCUUACACUGGGUUUCAUGGUUAGUUGUGCUUUCUUGUCAAUGUGGCUCAGCAACACCUCUGCUGCUGCCAUGGUGAUGCCAAUUGUAGAAGCUGUAGCACAGCAGAUCGCCAAAGCUGAAGCAGAAGUUGAUGCGCUGGAGAUGUCUUGCUCUAAUGGCUCCAUCAACCCAGCGCUGGAGCUGGACGAAAAUAUGGGAGAAUGUGAAAGCAGUGAAUGGAAAGAGAAAGAAAAACAAGUUAAUGGAUAUAACAACGUGUGUAGUACUACGUGCACAAUUGAAAAGGAACAAGAAAAAGAAAAGGAACAGAACCUACCACCUGCUGAAACAGGGAGAAAAAGCAAAGAGGACAAAUACAGUGGGAUUUUCAAAGUGAUGUGCUUAUGUGUUGCUUAUUCUGCUACCAUUGGAGGGCUGACCACAAUCACGGGAACAUCAACUAAUCUGAUUUUUACUGAGCACUUCAAUACACGUUACCCAGCUUGCCAGUGCAUCAAUUUUGGAUCCUGGUUUAUCCUUUCCAUCCCCAUCACAGUUAUUAUUCUGCUGCUCUCCUGGGUCUGGCUCCAGUGGCUUUUCCUUGGAUUUGAUUUUAAAAACAUGUUCAAGUGUGGCAAGAAGAAAACAGCUAGAGAAGAGGCCUCAGCACAGGUAAUUCAGGAGGAAUACAAGAAGCUUGGACCAAUGAGCUACCCAGAAAUUGUUACACUUGUCCUAUUCAUUCUAAUGACCCUGCUGUGGUUCACCAGAGAGCCUGGCUUCAUCCCAGGAUGGUCUUCCCUUUUCCCAGAGUAA